AUGACUACAACUAUUACUCAUGACUUAUUCAAACAAAUGCCAAAAGCUGAUUUACAUCGUCAUUAUGAUGGAUGUAUUAGACCAAGUUCUAUUAUUGAAAUAGCUAAAGAACAAAACAUAGAAUUACCAACAUAUGAUUUAAAUGAAUUAAAUAAAUUAGUAAUGAUGACUAAUGAUUGUGAAUCUCUUGUUCAAUAUUUAAAAGCUUUUGAUAUUAUUAAUUUAGUAUUACAAACAAAAGAUAAUAUUGAACGUACUAUGUUUGAGUGCUGUGAAGAUGCAUAUCUUGAUGGAUGUACUUAUGUAGAAUUUAGAUUUGCUCCAAUUCAAAGUACAAAUAAAGGAUUAUCAAUGAAAGAAGUAAUGGAAGCUUGUAUUGCUGGAGUUAAAAAAGCAGAAAAGAAAUAUGGUAUUGUUGUACGUUUAAUUGUAUGUGCAAUGAGACAUUUAAGUGAAGAAGAAUCAUUAAAAGCGGCACAAUUAGCUGUAGAAUUUAAAAAUGAUCAUGUAGUUGGAUUUGAUCUUGCAGGUCCAGAAAAUGGAUUUAUGCCAUCAAAACAUAAAAAAGCUUGUCAAUAUGCAUUUGAUCAUGGAAUUCAUAUUACUAUUCAUGCAGGAGAAGCAGCAGGAUAUGAAAGUGUUGAUGAUGCAAUUAAAAAUCAUGCAGAAAGAAUUGGACAUGGAGUAAGAUUAUUAGAAAAUAAAGAAACAAUUAAAAAUGUUCUUGAAAAUAAAGUUAUUGUUGAAUGUUGUUUAACUAGUAAUAUUCAAACUAAAGCUAUCAAUAAAAUGGAAGAUCAUCCAAUUUUACAAUUAAUGGAAUUAGGAAUUCCUUGUACUAUUAAUACUGAUAAUACUACAGUUAGUUCUUGUUCUUUAAGUGGUGAAGAUGAAUUAUUUACUAAUUUAUUUGGAUUCUCAAAUGAACAAAUAGUAGAAUUAAUUAUGAAUUCUUUUAGAGCUGCUUUUAUUGAGGAUGAAUCAAUUAGAACUAAAUUAAUCCAAGACGCUUAUACUAAAAUGAGACAACUUAAGGUUAUUGUCUGA